AUGAAGAACAGCACAGAAGUGACAGAAUUCAUCCUGCUUGGACUAACGGAUGCUCCGGAACUGCAGGUCCCUCUCUUUAUCAUGUUCACCCUCAUCUACCUCAUCACUCUGACUGGGAACUUGGGGAUGAUCCUGUUGAUUCUGCUGGACUCUCGUCUCUAUACACCCAUGUACUUUUUCCUCAGCAACCUGUCCCUGGUGGACUUUUGUUACUCCACGGCUGUCACUCCCUCCGUCAUGUCUGGAUUUCUUAUCGGAGACAAAGUCAUCUCCUACAACGCAUGCGCUGCACAAAUGUUCUUUUUCGGAGCAUUCGCCACUGUGGAAAAUUACCUCUUGGCCUCAAUGGCCUUGGACCGCUACUUGGCAGUGUGCAGACCCCUGCAUUACACCACCACCAUGACAACAUGUGUUUGUGUUUGCUUUAUAACAGGCUCCUAUAUCUGUGGUUUUCUGAAUGCCUCUAUCCAUACUGUGGAUACAUUCAGCCUCUCUUUCUGUGGGUCCAACGUGGUCCACCACUUUUUCUGUGAUUUUCCAGCAGUCAUGGUUCUCUCCUGCUCUGACAAACGUGUUAGUGAGCUGGUUCUUGUUUCUGUGGUGAGCUUCAACAUCUUCUUUGCUCUCCUGGUUAUCUUGACAUCCUACACAUUCAUAUUCAUCACCAUCCUAAAGAUGCGCUCGUCUGCAGGGUACCAGAAGGCUCUCUCCACCUGUGGCUCGCACUUUGUUGCAGUCUCUAUCUUUUAUGGGACAAUUAUCUUCAUGUACUUACAGCCUAGCUCCAGCCAUUCCAUGGACACAGACAAAAUGGCGUCUGUGUUCUACACCAUGAUCAUCCCCAUGCUGAACCCCAUAGUCUACAGUCUGAGGAACAAGGAGGUCAAAAGUGCAUUUAUGAAGGCUGUUUUAGUGGCAAAGGCAUCCAUAGGGUUGUGA